AUCAUAAUUAUUUUGCAUCUUAUUUUAGUUAAAAAAAUGUGCAGUCCGAGUAAGACCUUUGUUCCACACACGUGUGUGCUGUGCAUGUUCUUUCUAAGUGGACUAGUUUUGUUCUCAUGCCAUGGGAGCAGGUGGCAUGAAGCUGUUUUGAUGAGGUUAAAAGGCUCCUCCCCUCUCUCCCCAAGCAGCAGCCUGAAGUACGUCAGCAGUAAUUGUGUGCAUGGCUCGGCUGUGCAGGGAGGGUGGAGGCAAAAUUGAUAUCAAAUAAGGGUAUCAAACUGAGAUCUAGAUGUUCCAUUUAAGUUGUUGUUCAUUUUCAUUAGCCACGCCAGGGGUGAAAUGCUUAUAACUUAACCAUUCUCUGUAGUAAGAACAUUUGUUUUCAAUGGAUUUAUAUUUUUCCUCUCCAUAAAGACUGAAUUAGUGCUAUAGUGAAUAUAAAUGAAGGGUGUUUCUUUACCCUCUUUUCCUUUUAUUAUUUACUAAUCAGACUUCAGCUCAGUUAGAUAAAAGAGAGAGGUUCUGUUGCCUAGAUGUGAGGCCUUUAAUGAGGAUGGGAGCCCCCAGGGAGCCGAAAUCCAAAGUAGAACGAUGCCGCUUUCCGGUUUCUUGCAAUUUCUUCAGUUGCUUCUCCCUUUUCCAAUGGGCCUAGUGAGCAGGAACUAUCCAAGGUGCUAGAACGCUGGCAGCCUUGCCGUUCAAUGCAGACGGAUUGCAGAAACAGAGAAGAAAGAUUACUGCUUAUUUCAGAAGAAUAUAAUCAAAUGAGGUACAUUAGCCAGCUUGGUGAUUGCUUCUGGUCCUGUAAUCAUCUGUGUAGCAAAGUGGGUAAAAUCAUUCAAUUUCUUCCCUGCUGGACCUGGAAGGAGAGGGGCUGUGUGUUCAUCCCCACCCAUUAGCUAUGCCCUCUUUUCUCCGAAUGUCGAUUUAAGGAAGCAAGCACCUGUCUUCCGCCACUGCAUCUUCCUAGCAAACUUUAAAGGCCAUUUUAUCUGAUAGGAAGGACAUCGAGAAUGCUCUGAUCUAGUGAUGAAGAAUCUGGGAGUCGACACUUUUCCCAUCCAGACACAAUGCACUUUAAUUGAAGAAACACUGAGCUGAACUACAAGUCUAUUUCUUAUGGUGCUGGAUUACUCCUACAGAACUGCCCUGAGAUCAACCGUGAGAGAGGGCUCUGACAGACACAAGUCACCUUCUGGUUAUUGCACUUAGCUCUCCCUGGGGACUUAAAUUUUGGCAGUGUUCCUCUUUACAUGAUAUCCUCCAAGAUGAUGAGUUCUAAUCCUGAGGAAGACCCUUUGGACACAUUUCUCCAGUACAUUGAGGAUAUGGGGAUGAAGGCCUAUGAUGGCUUGGUUAUUCAGAAUGCAUCAGAUAUUGCUCGAGAGAAUGAUCGCUUGAGAAAUGAAACUAACCUGGCCUAUUUGAAAGAGAAGAAUGAAAAACGCCGAAGACAAGAAGAAGCAAUAAAGCGCAUAGGUGGAGAAGUAGGGCGAGGCCACGAAGGAAGUUACGUGGGCAAACAUUUCCGCAUGGGAUUCAUGACAAUGCCUGCUCCUCAGGACAGACUUCCCCAUCCUUGCUCCAGUGGCUUUUCUGUGAGAUCACAGUCCCUGCACUCGGUUGGGGGCACAGACGAUGACAGCAGCUGUGGCUCACGGAGACAACCACCACCCAAACCCAAGAGGGACCCCAGCACCAAGCUGAGCACCUCAUCAGAGACGGUCAGCAGCACUGCAGCCAGUAAGAGCGGGAAACCCCCUGAGAGGACUGAAGUGUCAGCUAAACCAAGACCCCACAGCGAUGAAUAUUCCAAGAAGAUUCCUCCUCCCAAACCGAAGCGAAAUCCGAACACUCAGCUGAGCACGUCUUUCGAUGAAACGUACAUCAAAAAGCAUGGGCCCCGGAGGACGUCGCUGCCGCGGGACUCCUCCUUGUCCCAGAUGGGCAGCCCCGCGGGAGACCCCGAGGAAGAGGAGCCCGUGUACAUCGAGAUGGUGGGGAACAUUCUCAGAGACUUCAGGAAGGACGACGAUGACCAGAGCGAGGCCGUCUACGAGGAAAUGAAGUACCCUAUCUUUGACGACUUGGGCCAAGACGCCAAAUGUGACUUCGACCAUCACAGCUGUUCUUCGCAGUGUGCUACUCCCACGGUGCCUGACUUGGACUUCGCCAAGGCCUCAGUGCCAUGCCCCCCCAAGGGGCUGCUUUGCGACAUCCCCCCGCCCUUCCCCAACCUGCUUUCUCACAGACCCCCGCUGCUGGUAUUUCCCCCCGCCCCCGUGCAUUGCUCCCCCAACUCCGACGAGUCCCCGCUUACCCCUCUGGAGGUCACAAAGCUUCCCGUGCUGGAAAACGUGUCUUACAUGAAACAGCCAGCCGCGGCGUCGCCCUCCACGCUGCCGUCCCACGUCCCCGGCCAUGCGAAACUGGAGAAGGAGCAGGCCGCGGCCCUGGGACCUGCCUCUGCCACCCCUGCGCUCUCCUCGUCGCCCCCACCCCCGUCUACGCUCUACCGAACCCAGUCUCCCCAUGGCUACCCUAAAAGUCACUCCACCUCUCCCUCCCCCGUCAGCAUGGGGAGGUCCCUGACUCCCCUGAGCCUCAAAAGGCCUCCCCCUUACGACGCUGUGCAUUCGGGCAGCCUCUCAAGGAGCUCUCCUUCAGUGCCUCACUCGACCCCCAGACCCGUGUCGCAAGAUGGGGCCAAGAUGGUCAACGCCGCGGUGAACACCUACGGGGCAGCCCCGGGUGGCUCCCGGUCCCGGACACCCACGAGCCCGCUGGAGGAGCUGACCAGCCUCUUCUCCUCCGGCCGCAGCCUGCUGCGCAAGUCGUCCAGUGGCCGGCGCUCCAAAGAGCCUGCAGAGAAAUGUAAUUCUGGCUACUACACAGAAUCAACAGAGGAACUGAAAGUCCGAAGCCACAGCACGGAGCCAUUACCAAAGUUGGACAACAAGGAAAGAGGCCACCAUGGGGCGUCUUCCUCCAGAGAGCCUGUCAAAGCUCAGGAAUGGGAUGGAACACCAGGGCCACCUGUGGUCACCAGUCGACUAGGAAGAUGCUCUGUGAGCCCCACCUUGUUGGCGGGAAACCACAGUUCAGAGCCUAAAGUAAGCUGCAAAUUAGGCCGGUCUGCGUCGACGUCAGGUGUGCCUCCUCCAUCAGUCACUCCUCUCAGGCAAAGCAGUGACCUGCAACAGAGCCAGAUUUGAGUUCACCAUGCUUAGCAAGAAAACUACAUGUGACGACCUUCUCCAAGAGUCACACAGCAGAUGACAUCAUUUGGUUUCAUCACUGGGACUGAUGUUUGAACACAACAUCAAUAAGACUCUCUCUAGAUUUGUCUACUCUAUAUACUCUGCGUACCAGGAGACCAAGGCCAUGGGGGCUGCCUCAGAUUUUCCAUUAGAGGAUCAGAUCAGUGGAUUGAGUAUAUUAUGUUUCUUGUAUUUUCUCUUAGAAAAAGAAGAAAUCUAAAUAUGUUUUAUCGAUGUCUAAAUAUAUUUGACCUAAUGUUUUCUCAUGUGACCAUCACAACAGUCCUGCAAAUCAUAAUCAUUAUCCCAUCUCUGAUGAGAAAACUGAGAAACAAAAGGCCAAGUGAAAUCUCAAGUUCACAGAGUGAGUAAUGGCAGAUCUCGGCCUUGAACCCCUCUCUUCUUACUCUCAAUGCACUGUCCUUUCCUGUGUGUGUGUGUGUGUGUGUGUGUGUGUGCGCGCGUGCUGCACUCUCCUGGCUGUUAUAGAGCAAACACAUACUGAAAAUUUCCUGUGCCGUUCAUCACCACUAGAGGGAGGGAGAGGAUCUCCAAAGUUAACAUGUCUACAUUCAUUUGGGCUAGAAAUUACUUGACAAGUCAAACUAUUAAUGUAAGGUAAUUACAUACACAGGAAUAAAUAAAGAAAAAAAUUGUGUUCUAAUUGGUGUCCCCUGCUUUUUUUUUUUUUUUUUUUUUGCUGCUAAUGGCUUAAAAUUGAUUGCAUAUGCAUUAACUACAGAUGUAAUAGAGGAUGAUUAAGGACAAGUAUGAAUACCAAAAACUACAUAAUGAAUGUCUGACUCAUAUUUUAUUUACAGUGAGGUUUCAGGCAGGAACAUGCAGUUGGCUGUUCUUUUACAAUGUAUGUUAUCUACCUGAGGCAUAAAGCAUGUGGUACAUGAACAUACAGAGCAGACGUUAAUUAUUACUAUUUUUCAUGAGUCUAUCUCUUUCUUUUUACAAAAGAGAUCAAAAGUCAUUAUGGCACGUGAAUUUGGCUUUUAUUACCCUGCAUUGUUUUAAAAUGAAAGGCCUUAACAUAGGUUUCUACACAUCAUGUCUCUACCUACUACAAAUAAGACACCAUUGUUUAAUUCAUCCCUUAAAAGCUCAUUCGUAUGGACAAAAAUGGGCAAAGCUAAUCUCUAUAUAUUUCAACUGAUUAUGUGUUACAAAAAUAAACCCUAACUAGAGAUAAAACUGGCAGCUUACAUUUUCAACUACUUAUUUUUCUUGAUUACAAUUUAAAAAAUCAUUUAGUGAGAAAAAAAAGGAAGAAAGAAACACAGUAUUGUAAUGUCAACCCUAUGAAAACAAAUAUCCAGAAUGUUCUGGGAAGAGCUCAGUUUGUUCUAUAAUUUGAAAACCACUGGGAACUGCUAAAGUGAAUAACAAAAAAAUCAAAAUUUUAUUAAUAUUUAAAAUGCUGAAAUGGAGAAAAUUCAAAGUAGCAUUCAGUUCAGUAGUAGAAAAUGUGUAAUUAUGUUAGACUUUAAAAAGAGAAAAAUAACAAUUUUUAUUUCCGUUCUGUCCAGCAGUCAGAUGAUGUGCAAAGGGCAAGAAGGUUAAAUAAAUAGAUACGAUCAUUCCAAAGCCUCAAGUUGUUUGAAAGCAGUGUGAGCACACCUCCUCCAAGGAGAGUCGGGUUGUUAUGAAGUACACCCAGGUUGCAGGGAUUCACCUUACAUGAGGGGAAGAUGAAGAGCUCUUCAAAUGAAGAAAUGUGCUUUGCACAUUCGGGCCCACUAAAACACUUUCUGCUCCAAACACAAGUGGUAUUUGCAGGCCCUACUUUGGAAGGUUUUAUAGAUAGGUCAUGAUGACUUCCUCUGACCAAAUCCAUUUUGUACAAUCUUGCUAUGGUUCUGUAUCCUUGGCCUUCGCAGUUGGUGUACAUAGAUGCCAAGGAAUAAAAAGGAUAACAGCCAUCUGGUUCUCAUCUCAACCAAAGAGGCAGGUUUAACUAGAGGAAAUGGGUGCAUGCUCGUGUGUCAAGUUAUUUUUAUUAGACCUGAAAGCAGAACCCUGGAAUGUUGUACGGGGAGAGGUCAUGGAAUCUUUCCUUUGGAGACCUUUAAAACCACAGUAAAUUUCCAUAUUGGUGAGAUGAUAGUAGUGUGGUUCUGUCUAAGAGAAGGGAAAGGAUUACUAAAUGAGUCUUUAGGCCAUUUCAAUGUAAUUCUGCAGGAAACUCUAAAAAAGACCCUUACAAAUUAAUGGUCUUGGUUAUGAUUUUUAUAGCCUUAUGUCACCACAAAGGGGUACUAUUGCAUUAGUUUAUGUCCUUCCUGGGAAAACGUCUUCAGUAUUUUCCAAAAAAAAAUUCCUACAUAGGCUUUCAGCAAUCAUUUUGGCAGCAUCAAGCAGUAAUUCAUUGUUUAUCAUGUGUUUUGGAAUGACAGGGAUCUGUAUUAAAAUCAAUAUUGCUAAGAUUUCUUUGGAUUGUUUACAGGCAUACCUUGGAGAUAUCAUGGGUUCAGUUCCAGACCAUGGCAAUAUAGUGAAUAUUGCAAUAAAGCAAGUCUCAAUAAUUUUUUGGUUUUCCAGUAUAUAGAAAAAUUAUUUUUACAUUAUAAUCCAGUCUAUUAAGUGUAAACAUUGUGUCUAAACAAUGUACAUACCUUAAUUAAAAAAAAUACUUCAUUGCUAAAAAUGCUAACGAUCAUCUGAGCCUGCAUCAAGUCCUAUGUUUUUGCCAGUAGAAGGUCUUUCCUCAGUGUUGAUGGCUGCUGACUGAUCAGGGUGGUGGUUGCUGAAGGUUGGGGUGGCUAUGGCAAUUUCUUAAAAUAGGACAACAGCGAAGUUUGCCACAUCAAUUGAACUCUUCCUUUUACAAAAGAUUCCUCUGUAGAAUGCAAUGCUGUUUUUUUUUCUUUUUCCCUCCUUUACCUAUGCCAAACCAUGUGAUGCUGUUUGAGAACAUUUUCCCCACAGUAGAAUUAAAGUCAUUUCUCUCAAACCCUGACACUGCUUUAUCAACUAAGCUUAUGUGAUAUUCUAAAUCCUUUCUUGUCAUUUCCACAAUGUUCAUAGCACCUUUACCAGGGGUGCAUUUCAUCUCAAGAAACCACUUUCUUUGUUCAUCCCUAAAGAGCAACUCAUCAUGUGUUCAAGUUUUAUCAUGAGAUUGCUGCAAUUCAGUUACUUCUUCAAGCUCCCUUUCUAAUUCUAGUUCUCUUGUUAUAAUUUACACUUUACCACAUCUGCAGUCCACUGAGGUCUUCAGUGCCUCAAAGUCAUCCAGAAGGUUGAGAUCAACUUCUUCCAAAUUCCUGUUCAUGUUGAUAUUUCGAACUCUUCCCAUGAAUGACAAGUGUUCUUAAUGAUAUCUAGAGUGGUGAAUCCUUUCCAGAAGUUUUUAAGUUACUUUUUUUACCAAAUUUAUCAAAUGAAUCACUAUCUGUGGCAGCUAUAGCCUUAUGAAAUAGAUUUCUUAAAUAGUAAGAUUUCAAAGUCAAAAUUACUCCUUGAUUCAUGGAUUUAGAAUGAAUGUUAUCUUAGCAGGCAUAAAAACAUUAAUCUCCUUGUACAUCUCCAUGAGAGCUAUUGAGUGACCAGGUGCAUUGUCAAUGAGCAGUAAUAUUUUGAAAGGAAUUCUUUUUUUUUCUGUGCAGUAGGUCUCAACAUGGGCUUUAAAUAUUCAAUAAAUAAUGCUGUAAACAGAUGUACUGGCAUCCACACUUUGUUUUUUCAUUUCUAGAGCACAGGCAGAGUAGGUUUAGCAUAAUUCUUGAGGGCCUUAAUAUUUUGAAAUAGUAAAUGAGCAUUGGCUUCAACUUAAAGUCACUGGCUGCAUUAACUCCUAACAAGAGAGUCAACGUGUCCUUUGAAACCAGGUAUUGACUUCUCUCUAGCUAGGAAAGCUCUAGAUGGCAUCUUCUUCCAACAGAAGGCUGUUUCUUCUACAUCAAAAGUCUUUUUAGUAUAGCCACCUUCAUCAGUUAUUUUAGCUAGAUGUUCUGGAUAACUUACUGCUUCACCUUACACUUUUAUGUUAUGAAAAUGGCUACUUUCUUUAAGCCUAAUCAACCAAUCUCUGCUGGCUGCAAACUUUUCUUCCAUAGGUCAGUCACCUACUUCAGCCUUCAUAUAACUGAAGAGUUAAAGCAUUGCUCUGAAUUAAUUUUUGGCUUAAGAGAAUGUGUGGCUGGUUUAAUCUUCUACCCACACCACUAAAACUUUCUCCAUACCAGCAAGAAGGCUGUUUCACUUUUUAAUCAUUCAAAUAUUAAGUGCAGUAACACUUGUAAUUUCCUUUAAGAACUUUUCCUUUGCAUUCACAACUUGGAUAACUAUUGGCAACAAGAAACGUGGCAUUUGGCCUAUAUUGACUUUUGACUUGCCUUCUUCACUAAGCUUAAUCAUUUCUACCUUUUGAUUCAAAGCGAGUAAUGUGCAGCUUUUCCUUUCACUUGAGCACUUAGAGGCCAUUGUAGGGUUAUUAAUUGGCCUAAUUUCAACAUUGUCAUGUCUCAGGGAAGAGGGAGGCCUGAGGAGAGGAAGAGAGAUGGGGGAUAUUUGGUUGGUAGAGCAGUGAGAACACGUAAAGCACUAAUUGAUUAAGUUUGCCAUCUUAUAUGGGCAUGGUUCGUGGUGCCCCCAAGCAAUUACAAUAGUGACAUCAAAGGCAAUCACAGAUCACCAUAAACAGAUAUAAUGUUUUGGUCUGUUCUCACACUGUUAAUAAAAACAUACCUGAGACUGGGGGAAAACAAAAAAGAGGUUUAAUGGACUUACAGUUCCGCAUGGCUGAGGAGGCCUCACAAUCAUGGUGGAAGGCAAGGAGGAACAAGUCAUGUCUUAUAUGGAUGGUGGCAGGGAAAGAGAGAGUUCUUGUGGAGAAACUCCCCCUUAUGGAAUCAUCGGACCUGGUGAGGCUUACUUACUAUCACGAGAACAGCACGGGAAAGACCUGCCCCCAUGCUUCAAUUACCUCCCACCAGGUCCCUCCCACAACACAUGGAAAUUCAAGAUGAGAUUUGGUUUGGAGAUCUGGUUUGAGCCAAACCAUAUCAUAUAAUAAUACUGAAGAAGUUUGAAAUACUGUGAGAAUUAUGAAAAUGUGAUACAGAGACAAUAAGUGAUCACAUAGUGUUGGAAAAACGGUGACAACAGACUUGCUUGACAGAGGGUUGCCUCAAAUCUUCAAUUUAUUUAAAAAAAUGCAAUGUCUAUGAAGCACAAUAAAGCAAAGCACAAUGAAACGAGGUAAGCUUAUGUAACCAUUUCUUUAGAAAAAUACACACAGUCUUUGGAUUAUUGCUGUGCAUUCAUUACAAACUACACUUUUAAAAUUUUUCUUUAGGCAGUGAUGGGUGAUAUGGUUCUUACCUUGACCACUGUGAAUCAAAUUAGUGUCUUAUGCUACGGUCAUAUAACCCUUUUGGGGUUAGGAUUCUGGUAUUAAUGAGCAAUUGUUAGAUCUGCAGGAUAGUCAGAAAGCUCAGUCUUCUUUGAGAAAUGAUAUGUGGUAAAACAAGAACAUUCAGCCGGUGACUCUAGGAAUAGUACCUCCUAUCCACUCUUCCCUGGCAAGGAGUAUGAAAAGAACAAAGCAGUCUACAGUCGUGUGUGUACUCACUACCAACAGUCCUCUGUUUCCCUUUUAUCUUGGGUACAAUGACAAAGCAGGCUGUCUGUUCCUGACCCAGAUGGACUUCAGAACUGUGGCUCACAAAUUUCCCCUGUGAUGAGCAGAGGACCCCAUUCAGGGCUGAGGAAGUCAGGUGAAGCCACAAAGCUUGGAGUCUUAAAUCUCCUGAGCUGAGUCUAAAAGAGUUUCAGUAAGUAGCUUUCUGCUCUGAGAGCUGUGGGGUACAGAGAGAGAGAGAAAAAAAAGUAAAAACUUUCAUUUCUUCUGACAAGACUUUGAUGAGGAGACUGGGGACUUGAAGAUAAUGUAACUUGUAGAGAGUUGGGGCUUUGAUUGUAUAUUAGGUUGUGGUAUUUGGAGUUGGGGGUUAAAAAUGUGUUCUGACAUGCCAUACAAAGAAGGGCUAUGUUUUCUGGUGUUUGCAAGUGAAAUUAAUUUCAAAAUAGCUGAGGGUUUAUUAGUCCCCCUCAGAAGAGUUUAACAUCCCUUUAUCUAGAAGCUUUGCUGUGGCUGUAGGAAGGGUUAGUGUGUUUGGAAAAAUUGACAAGGAAUCUUUGUGUUUAUAUUUGCCCGUUGGGACUUUGACUCGUGAGUAUGUGAGGGGCAGAAGUGUGUUAAGGUGCUACAGUGAUUAGCGGAGAAGCUAGACACAUGCAAAGUGAAUCAGCAGAGGGUGCAGGAAAACUGCCCUCAAUCCAGAAUCACCAUCCUAUGACCAUGACCCCCGACAUGUCAUUACUCUGUUGAUUUUUCUCCUUUCCUGGAGACCAGGAAGCCCCUCGAUAUUUGUCAAAAGUGGAAUAUAUGUUUUAUCACAUGUCUUGAACCUCAUCUAUUUGUAGAUUCUCCUGGAGGCAGUAUGUUGAGGGAACAGGAGGUUAAAUUUGGUCACAAUAGGAGUGCUGGGAGAUCUGUCGAUCUUUGCCAAAGGCAUGAGGUCACCAGUAUUCAGGGAAUUUGAAAAGGGGGUGUAUUUUGAAUGUUAUAUUUCCAGUAACAUACUGAUUUUAGAGUAGAUUGUGUGUCAGCAAAGUGAGGGGCAAGCCCCCAGUCUUAUGCGUUAACAGGAAAGAAAAGAUGAAAUUCUUAAUAUCUAUAGUAAAAUGAAUGAUUAUCCAUUACUACCUUCUCAAAUUAUUUAACUAGAAAUUUUUUUACAAGCCACAUAUGUCAUAUUAGUGAUUUUUUCAUAAUUUAUUGUUUACUAGUGGUAAAAGAAUUUCCAUCGAACUUUUUAAAAAUUUCAACUUUUAUUAUAGUUUAAAGUAUACAUGUCCAGGUUUGUUACAUGGGUAAAUUGCCAAUGCCGAGGCUUGAGGUCCCAAUGAUCCCAUCACCAAGGCAGUAAGCAUAGUACCCAAUGGGCAGUUCUUCAGCUCACACCCCCACCUCCCUCCCUUCCCCAUCUAGUGAUCCCCAGUGUCUAUUGUUCCCAUCUAUACAUUCAUGUGUAGUCACUGUUUAGCUCCGACUUAUAAGUGAGAACAUGCAAUAUUUGACUUGCUAGUAUUGCAAUAGCUUGCCUAGGAUAAUGGCCUCCAGCAUCAUCCAUAUGGCUGCAAAGGACACAAUUUUGUUCUUUUUUAUGGCUUCCUAGUAUUCCAUGGUGUAUUUGUACCACAUUUUUAAAAAAAUCAAAUCCACUGUUUAUGGGCACUUAGGUUGAUUCCACUUCCUUGCUAUUGUGAACAGUGCUACAAUGAACAUAUCGUGCAUGUGUCUGAUAUAAUGAAUUGUUUUCCUGUGGGUAUACACCCAGUAGUGGGAUUAUUAGCUCAGUUGGUACUCCUAUUAUAAGUUCUUUGAGAAAUCUCCAAACUGAUUUCCACAGUGGCUGAACUAGUUUUUAUUCCCACCAACCAUGUAUAAGCGUUCUCUUUUCUCUGCUCCCUUGCCAACAUCUGUAGUUUUGUGAUUUUUUUUAAUAGUCACCAUUCCAAUUGAUGUGAGAUGGUAACUCAUCAUGGUUUUGACUUGCAUUUCUCUGAUGAUUAGCGAUCUUAAACAUUUUUGUAUAUGUUUGUUGGCCACUUGUGUGCCUUCUUUUGAGAAAUGUCUAUUCAUGUCCUUUGCUUAUUUUUCACUGGGAUUUUUUGCUUUUGUUUUUGUUUUUCGCUUGUUGAUUUAAGUUCCUUGUAGAUUCUGGAUAUUAGACCUUUAUCAGAGGCACAGUUUAUGAAUAAUUCCUCUCAUUCUAUAUGCUGUAUGUUUACUCUGUUGGUAAUUUGUUUUGCUCUGCAGAAGCUCUUAGUUUAACUAGGCCCUACAUCAAUUUUUGAUUUUGUUGUAAUUGCUUUCGGGGACUUAGCCAUAAAUUCUUUGCCAAAACCUAGGUUGAGAAGGGUAUUUCCUGUUUUUUUCUAGGAUUUUUAUAUUCUGAGGUCAGACAUUUACAUCUUUAAUUCAUCUUUAAUUAAUUUUCACAUAUGGUGAGAGGUAGGGGUCUAGUUUCAUUCUUCUGCAUAUGGCUAGCCAAUUCUUCCAGCACCAUUUAUUGAAUAGGGAAUCCUUUGUCCAUUGCCUAUUUUUGUUAAUUUUAUUGAAGAUUAUAUGGUUGUAGACUGGGCAAUUUACAAAAGAAAGAGGUUUAAUGGGACUUACAGUUCCACAUGGCUGGGGAGGCCUCACAAUCAUGAAGCAAGUUCAUCUUACAUGGAUGGCAGCAAGCAAAGAGAGAGCGUGUACAGAGCAACUUCUAUUUUAAAAACCAUAAGAUCUUGUGAGACCCAUUCACUAUCACGAGAAUAGCACAGGAAAGGCCUACCCCUGUAAUUCAGUCAUCUCCCACCAGAUCCCUCUCACAACAUGUGGAAAUUAUGGGAGCCACAAGAUAAGAUUUGGUUGGGGACACAGAGCCAAACUAUGUCAAGUACUAUGCUGUUUUAAUUACUGUAGCCUUAUAGUAUAGUUUGAAGUCAGGCAAUGUGAUACCUCUGGCGUUAUUCUUUUUGGUUAGAAUUGCUUUGACUAUUUGGGCUUUUUGGUUCCAAAUGAAUUUUAGAAUAGAUUUUUACAAUUCUGUGACAAAUGAUAUUGGCAUUUUGAUAGGGAUAGUAUUGAAUGUGUAAGUUGCCUUAGGCAGUAUGGCCAUUUUAACUAUACAGAUUCUUCCAACCCAUGAGCAUGGAAUAAUUUUCUAUUUAUUUGUGUUAGAGAGUCUCUGAUUUUUUUGAGCAGUGUUUUGUAGUUUUCCUUGUAGAGAUCUUUCACCUUCUUGGUUAGAUGGAUUUCUAUGUAUUUCAUUUUAUUUGUGGCUAUUAUAAAUGGGAUUAUGUUCUUAAUUUGGUUCUAAGCUAGAAUAUUAUUGGUGUAUAAAAAUGCUACUCAUUUUUGCACAUUGAUUUUGUAUCCUGAAACUUUCCUAAAGUUAUUUAUCAGUUCCAGGAGCUUUUCAGUGGAGUCUUUAGGGUUUCCUAUGCAUAGAAUCAUAUCUUUGGCAAAGAGAGAAUAGUUUUACUUCUUUUCCUGUUUGGAUGUGUUUUAUUUAUUGCUCUUUUCUGCUUUACCCUGGCUAGGACUUCCAGUACUGUGUUGAAUAGAGUGGUGAGAGUGGGCAUCCUGAUCUGCUUCCAGUCCUCAAGGGGAGUGGUUCCAGCUUCUGCCCAUUUGGCAUGAUAUUGACUGCAGGUUUGUCCUAGAUGGGUCUUAUUAUUUUGAAGUAUGUUCCUGCAAUGCUUAAUCUGUUGAGGAUUUUUUUUAUCAUGAAGGGAUAUUGGAUUUUAUUGAAGUCUUUCUCUGCAUCUACUGAGAUGAGCAUAUGGUUUUUGUUUUUGAUUCUGUUUGUGUGGUGAAUCAUAUUUAUUGAUUUGUGUAUGUUGAUCCAACAUUGCAUCCCAGAAAUAAAAUCUUCUUGAUCAUCUUAAAUUAAUUUUUUGAGGUGCUGCUGGAUUUGGAUUGUUAGUAUUUUGUAGCGGUUCUUUGUGUCUAUGAUCAUCAGGGAUACUGGCAUGAAAUUUACUUUUUUCAUUGUGUCUCUGCCAGAUUUUGGUAUCAGGAUGAGGCUGACUUUUUAGAAUGAGUUAGGGAGAAACUCCUCCUCCUUGAAUUUUUGGAAAAGUUUCAGCAGGAAUGAUGUCAGUUCUUCUUUGUGCAUAUGAUAGAAUCUACCUAUGAGUCCAUCUGGUCCAGGUCUCUUUUUUGGUUGGUUAUUUUUUUAAUUAUUGAUUCUAUUUCCAAACUUCUUAUUGGUCUAUUCAGGUUUUCACUUUCUUCCUGAUUGAAUCUUUGGAGGCUGUGUGUUUUCAGGAAUUUAUCAAUUUUGUCUAGAUUUUCUAACUUUUACACAGAGGUGCUCAGAAUAGUCUCUGAGGAUCUUUUGUAUUUCUGUGGGAGCAAUUGUAAGGUCAUCUUUGUCAUUUCUGAUUGCGUUUAUUUGAAUCUUCUCUUUUUAUCCCCUUUGUUCACCUAGCUAAUGAUCUAUCAAUUUAUUUAUUCUUUUGAAGAACUAACUUUGUUUCAUUGAUCUUUUGUAUGAACUUUUGGGUCUCAAUUUCAUUGAGUUCUUCUCAGAUUUUAUUUAUUUAUGUAUUUAAUUCUGCCAGCUGUGUGGUUGGAUUGAUCUUUUUCUAGUUCCUCUCAUUGCAUCCCUUACUCUUCUCAAAACUUAGAACCAAUUAAUAGCAGUAUCUUUGAAGAUAAAGUUCUUUCAGUCCUUUUUCUAAAAUCUUAUUGGAAGAAGUCAAUCUUUUCUUCAAUAUGCUGCAUUUUAUUAAAGAGAGUAAAAAUAAAAAGACUUUUCGUUUCUUUCUUGGAUGUUACAUAUACUUGAAUUGCAUGAUAAGGUAUCAGAUACAAGGUUGAGGGGCCAAGAGGUAUUUCAACUGAAAUACUAACUUAUGAAAUGCAUUGCCCAUGAAGCAGUGAGAAUGGAUGUAAAUGUGCAGAUAUAUGGAAUUUCUGGGUUUAACCCUGGCUCAAUUAUCCCCUUGCUGAGUUUCAUGGACAAAUUAUUUAACCUUUCUGACUCAGGUGCCUUAUCUGAAAAAUAGAGGUGAUUAAGAUGAGCUGUAAUUGGAGUCCUAAAGAAUAGAGGAUAAUGGUAAUUUAUGAUAAAGUAGAUUGAUGACAUCAUUGGUUUUCUUAUCAUUGUUCAAUCCUCAAAGGACAAUGAAUACAUUAUUUUAUUCUUAUCCCAGCUAAGAAAGAGAGAUUAAGUAUAUUGUACAAGAAACUUGGCAAGUGUUGUUCAGGGGAAAAUGUAGCUUAAUAAGUAUGGACACAAUAACAAUUGCUUUUGGAAUCAUGUUCUCACUUUUGAGGAAUGCCUUAUAAAAGCAAGUAUUUUAUUUCAGAAAAAAAAGGUAGAAAAGAAAAUAUUAAUAACACUGUAUAAUUUGAAGUCAUGGUCCUAGAACAAAAUUAAAACUAACCACUGAGAUGUUUUGCAUUAAUUAUAUAUGGUGCAGAGAGCAUCUUGGUAUUUUCAACAAUAUUACUUACAAUGUUCAUUAAUGCACAUGAUAGUUAUAUUUAAUUGAAGUAAUUCUAUUCACCACCCAACAGAAUUUCAAACAACAUUUAAAUAUUGCAAACAUGUUGGUAAUACAUUCUCAUUUUAAGAGUGGAGCUUCUAAUUGUUUUUUUUUUUUUUUUUUUUUUUUUGAGACAGUCUCACUCUGUUUCCCAGGCUGCAGUAUAGUGGUGUGAUCUCAGCUCACUGCAGCCUCCAACUCCCUGGUUCAAGCUAUUCUCCUGCCUCAGCCUCUGUAGUUGCUGAGACUACAGGCAUGCACCACCAUGCCCAGCUAAUUUUUGUAUUUUCAGUAGAGACAGGGUUUCACCAUGUUGCCCAGGAUGGUCUUGAUCUCCUGACCUUAUGAUCUGCCUGCCUCGGCCUCCCAAAGUGCGGAGAUUACAGGUGUGAGCCACUGUGCCCAGCCUGAUUUAAUUUUUUAAUCUAUUUUAUUUUUGACUUUUAUCUUUAUUCUAAUUUGAAAUAAUGUAUUUGCAUGUAGAAAGAUGACAACCCUUAGAAUCAAUCAACCCUGGACUAAAACUUUCUGCCCUUUACCACCCAGUUCUUGAGAGUUUCAGUUUCCUCACUUGUAAUAUAUAGUCAUAAAUAUUUUGGUAGCUACUGUUACAUGAACAUAUAAGAUUAGAUGAGAUAAUCUAUGAGAUAGAUAGCACCGGGUUUAACAUACUAUGACUGUUCAGUUUCCCUCUUCACACUUUCCCUUGUUGCAUAUUUCUUGCACACAAUCAAUGAGAGCUUGGAUUCUUCAGUUUAGCUACUCACUUGCUCCAAGGCAUCAAGUCAAAAUGUCAGCAGAAGUCAUUAAAUGUUUUUAUGAAAAUUGCACAAAGAAGUCUCUCCCUUGUUAAGCAAGGAUAUCUCUGGCAGAAUGUAGUGUGUUUCUUAAGUUUAGAAGUAUAGGAAAAGCUCUCAGUUUUCUUAUAAGAGGAUACCAAUAAAGCCUAAGAGUAUGUAGUUGAUUCUGCUUACACAUAGAAAGGGGUUGCAAUCUUAUAGAGUAGAUUCUGUCCGACUACGAAUGCCAAGUAUGGCACUGCUCCCUGCAUUAUUCUACAGGCAAUAAUUUGCAUUUUUCUAGAGUUCUAGUGCUCAGUUUUCUCAAGAAAUUCUUUUUUAAAAUAAUUAAGGAAUGUUCUGAUAAGAAAACCUUAUAAAGAUAGUCAUUGCAACUUAUAUAACUUUAUUAUAAGGAUAUGAUAUAUUUCAUUGAACAUAUAAAAUCAAAUUCAAUACAGACAAGUAGUUUUAUUUUUAUAGUAGAAAGAUGAGGUAGUCCAUAACUUCCCCAGCGUCCCCUCCAAUGCAAUUCUACUCCCUGAAAAUGAGAAAUUGAUUACUGGCUAUCAAAAGAUGAGGAUUUGUUUAAUAAUUCUGAACCUAUGCAUUCAGAAAAAAACAAAGCCUAUAUAAAGAGUUUCUCUCAUCACUUAUGUUGCAGGGCAGUUCAAUAAUUAGAUAUUUAUCCAUCCAUAAAAGUCUUUUUAAAGGUAUGAUGUAUACAAUUGGAAAUUAUUAUUCUAAACCAUUUCACCCCAGAUCUGGCUAUAGCUAUAUAAAAAAAUUAAAUAGACUACAAGUAGUCCAAUAGCAAUAUAUUUCCUCACACUCUGUGUGUGGCAUUUUACAUUUGUGAUUGUGCAUUAGGAAAGUAACACAGCUAUUGCAACAAAUAUAACCCAAAAUUUUAGUGUUUUUUUCCUUAAAAAAUGUUUCUUAAUCACAUAAAGUGCAACAGUGUUCCUGGUUGGCGGAUGUUCCAGAUUGUUGGACAGAGCUGGGCUCCUCCCAACUUGUGGCUCUGCCAUUCCUGAGAAACUCUGUUCUACUGAAUCUGCUGUUUCAGGCUCAUAGCUGAGAGGUAGGGGACAGAAAGAAGAUCACAUAUGAAAAAUUUUUAUCUGUCUAUCCCAAGAGAGACAUAAAGUCAGAAUUCAGUUAUAAGGCCAUAUGCAGUUGCAAGAGAGAAGGUCCUCAAUAAAUAAUUAUUGCAGACAUAAAUGCAUAAAUCCUGACAACAGCAAUGGGCCAAAAGCAGAUGGAGUGAUCACUGGUGUGUCUAAUAUCUUAGGGCUUGUGGAUGGGUUAUUAUAUUCAGAGAGAAGCAGUGGAGCUUUACGGAUUCUGGAAUUAGAUCUGGCUAUUCCAUUCACUGGCAUUAUCUCUUUGGACAAGUGAUGUAACUCUAUCAAGCCUCAGUUAUUCAAUCUGUGGAAGAAUAAGAAAAAGAAAAUGAGCACUUUUGGUCACAUGCUAUUUUCCAGGAAUGGUGGUAGAUACAUAAUAUAAAAUACCCAUAAUCUCACUGCAUUUAUGCACAACCUCAAUUGCAGAGCCACAUUCUACAAGACUUAAAAGUGGUGGUUUUGGAGUUAGUUCACUUGAGUUCAGAUUCCAGUUCUAUCCACUUAUUUGCUCAGUCCCUUUGGGCAUGUUUCUUAUUCACAGAGCCUCAGUUCUUCAUCUAUAAAGUGAGCAUCAUAAUGUCAACCUUAUAAGGCUGGUGUGAGUAUGAGGAGUAAAUAGGUUAGCAUAUGUAAGACAUUUGGAAGACCCCUGGCAGAUUGCUUGUGCUCACUAUAUGUUAGCUAUUGUUUGUAUUGUUUUUAGCAUUUCAAUUAUUAUUACUACAGAGAAAUACUAUCUAGUCCUUAUUGUACUUUGACACUUAUUGAAAGAGCCAAACCAUCCAGUCAUUGCGAGCAUGAUCCUGAGCUUGAACAUGCCUUCUGUAGCCAACUGAGAAAAGCAUUUACACUGGUAUCAUUAGAGAAAGUUCAUCAUAUACUGGUCUUGAAGAAGAUAUUCCAAGAAAAAUAAAAAUUGUUACAAAAUAUAGGGUCUUUAUUAUCUCCCACUAUGGUCAAUGCAUAGCUGUGACACAUUAUAAGGUCUUUAGUGAAUUAUUUUACCACAGUGUAGCCAAUGCAUUUAGAAUUCUCUUUAUUUCAGUAAGUGUGAAAAGCCAUGAGUAAAAGCUGUUAAAAUGAGGAAGAAGAUAUGAAAGUAGGACAGUGUUAUAAUUUUUUGGCCACUUCAAUUCCAAUUGAACACUUCCAGUAGCUACAAACUAUUAGAAAACACUCAUAGCCUCCUGCUUCUCCAUUGUCUUGAUUUUAAUUUUUUCCCUUACUUGUAUUUUAUUUCUGAGUGGCUAAUGGAUCUUAGUCUAAGAACUGGAGGUGGAGGAGGAAAGGAGACUUGUCAUUAUGGUUUUUAUGAAAGCAUGGCUUUGUGAAGUUGUGUUGUCAUUUCUUCAGGCUCUUAGAAACUGGGUACAAACAGCUAUCAAAAGAAUUUCUCAUAUUUUCAAAAGUAGCAGGCAUGCUUCAUCUUUGGAAUGAGACCUAGGAGUCUUGAAUAAGAAAAAAUCAUCUUUCAAUUUGAAUCAGAAAUAGGAUGGGUGCCAUAAGCUGAGAGAGCCCAGAGCUCUUAUGAGAGAAUUGUAGGCAAUGAGAUCAUAAAGGCAGACGUAGCUCUAAGUUCCAUAUGUUUCCAUUACAGAUGAAGUUAUGUAGACUUAAUACUCUUGACAAUGGAAGCCACUGACAUUUCUAGGCAGAUAAAUGACAUGAGGAAAGCAGUUUCACUAGGAAGAAAACUGGGGUAGUAAUAGUCAUUUCCCCCCCCCAUUCUGUUCUUCCUACUACUCUUCCCAGUAUUAUUCCUCUGUUGACUCUUUGCAUUCUUUGGAGCAUACAACUGAAAGAUAUCAUGGUGGCAAAUGCUAUCGUGGCUUGUGAACUGGGAUGAUAUCAUAUGGAAGAGGCGUAGGGACAAGCCUGAAAUAAUUUUCAGCAAGAACUUUUUGGUGGCACUUUACUAUUCUACUUCUGAGCCUAAGCUCGUCCCUAUCUAUAGAUGAGAAUAAUGCCAUGACCCACAGGCAAUAUCCCUUGAAAGCUUGGUGCUGAGAGAGCCUGAGAGGGAAAAGCCAUUUUCUGGGUAAUAACUUCGAUCACCUUCAGGCUUACAGCGUGUGUUUGUCACAACUAUAGAAGCCUCGUGAGUAUUGAUUUAGAGAAGAUAUUUUUAAGCUAGCUGGCAUCCUCAAUGCUAAAAACCUUAAUCAGCAUUUAAUAAAAAAUUCCUUCCAGUUAUUUUGACUUGAGCAAAUGACAUCAUAUUAUCUUAAUGAGAAGUAAGUUAACAGCAAAUAACAGCCUUCAAUUUUGGAAAUUACAUUUUGAGACUUUUAAUUGAGACACCAAUGGAAUCCCUGGGUAGGUUCCUUCUACAUACAUGUCUAUUUUAGACAACAGGUAGAUAGAUGGGCCAUGCCACCUCAUUUUUAGGUGCUCCAAAGGGAAAGGUGUCUUUUUUGGCAAUGGGUAAACAGCAUGAGAAGCAGGAGAGAAGCCAUAAAAGAGAGCAAGAUGGAAAAUAUAAAAGCAGCAAGGAAGGGGGCUAUCUUUUGAACUCUUGGCUUGGUAGGUCAUGAACUGGAAGUAAACGGCUUGCUCCUAUGCUGAUUUUGGGUUUCUCAUAAAGGAUGUUCAUUUUUUUUUCUGCCUUUUCAUACUGACCUCAUACAUAUUUGGACAAAUUUGGUUAAAAGGCAAAAUGAUCAAUCUCUUUUGAGGAAGUCCAAUUAUGAGAGAAGUCUAGUCAAUUUAUGGGCAAAAUUACAAGUGUUAUUUUGAUUACUUGGGGAGUAAGUGUCGGUUUGGAUUUUGGAGGAAAAGGGUCAGGCUUUAGGUCAAUGUGUCUCAGACUUGGAGUCACAGAAUAAAAGGAGAUUUUAUUUAGAUGGUCUGGUCAGAGAGACACAAACUCCAAUACCUGUGGCUGCUGCCGAGGAGAGAAUGGAAAUCAGUACUUCCUCAUUUUGAUAGAAUCAAGUAUGGCAAAUAUUUUUUUCUGCUCUAUGAAAAGUUUUAUUACCAGUGAGAUGAAAAAUGGCAACCGGCACUUUGCUUCUGUGUGGAGAUCACAAUUGGGAUUAGGUUGAACUGGAAAGGCAAGCCCACUUGAAAAGGGCAGAGAAAUCUCUGCUGCAGUUCAUUGUUGCUAUGUUUCUCUCUCUUUUUUUUUUUUUUUUUUUUUUUUUAGAGAAGCCAAAAUUCAGGCUCUGUCAGCCUUACCUUUUCUCCCCACCCCCAGCUCUCACCUUUCUCUUCUCUCUUACUAUGUAAUCUCCUGAUUUGUUUUUUCCACCUUGGUUCAAAAAUCUUAAAUAUAGGUUUUUUGUUUUGUUUUGUUUUGUUUUUUUUUUUUGAGACAGAAUCUCACUGUCACUCAGGCUGGAGUGCAGUGGCAUGAUCUCAGCUCACUGCAACCUCCGUCUCCUGGGUUGAAGCGAUGCUGCUGCCUCAGCCUCCAGAGUAGCUGGAUUACAGGCACCUGCCACCAUGCCCAGAUAAUUUUUGUACUUUUUGUAAAGAUGGGGUUUCACCACGUUGGUGAGGCUGGUCUCGAACUCCUGGCCUCAGGUGAUCUGCCCCCCUCGGCCUCCCAAAAUGCUGGGAUUAUAGGCGUGAGCCACCACAGCCAACCAAAUAUGCUGCAUUUUUUACAAAACACAACCGUGGGUGUGAUAUGUUCCACAGUUUGGACCCACUGGUCUGUUCUAAACUGAGGCCAAGAUAAGUGACAUGACUUGCCCAGAGCUAGCAAAAUAACUGGCUCCAGAACAGAAUUAUUGGGAUUGCCAGCAUGUUUCUCCUUUUAUAAUGUACUUAUGCUCAUUUUGGGAAAUGCAUUCUAGUGGAGAAAAAACAUAUUUUACAGGUACUUCCCCAGUUCAAUUCAAAGUUAUAAAACUAAAAAUGUUUUUUAGCUGUUUAAACAAUUAUAAUUUAAGUCUGUUCUUGAGUAUUAGUAUAUUUUGCUUGCCUAUGAGCUUCCUUUUCUUUUGCUGGAUAAACCACAUGUUUACUGAGAAGUGGCUCUCCCUCAUUUAUCUGUGGUCAAGCCCAUGUAUGCUAUUAAAAACCAAUAUUUUAUAAUGAAAUUAAACUUGAAAUUGUAUUAAUGCUAAUAUAAAUGAUUAAGAUAAUAUACUUAGUGAAAGAUAUCAAUACCUUUUUUAUAAUUGAAUUUUAUCUUGUAAUACUGCUUGUUCCUUCAGGGAAUAUCUCUUUAGAAGGCCUUCUAUUUACAGAAUUCUUGCUCAUUUAAAAACACAUAAAUUAACUCAGGAAUCUGCUCAGAGGAUUUUUUCUUUAUAACAAACAAUUAGCUUAAUCAAUUAAUAGCUGCAACUGUAGUUGUAGUGAUUACUAGGUUGAAUUACUGAGAAAUAAGUUCUGUCUUCUUUAUUGGAAAAUAAUAUAUCACAUUUUUUUCUAUAGUCAUUUUUGAUCUCCAAGGCCAAAUACUUUAUAAUCAUAAAAUAGUCAAAAGUCAAAUCAAGAAUCAUAUAUUGCUUUUUAAAGAUUAUACCAUGGUUCUGUAUGUGGACACAAACAUAGUUUUUAAAAUAUAUUUUAGCAUGAAUCAAUUUUCUUCUGAAAAGCCUCUUACAAUGUGAUAUAUAAGUAUGUUGCAUCACAUGUCACUUAUGCUUAUUUUAGAUAUUCUUCACAACUGUAUACAAAUUUCAAUGGAACAAAACUUUUAGCCAAUUUCAGACACACAAGAAUUAAGUUACAAAUCAAGUCUUUUUCAUGCAAUAUUAUGAUUUUUUUCUGUCAUUUUAUUUUCUUGUAGUUUUACCCAUAAUAAUUUACUUAUUACACCUGUAUGUAUGCUCUGUAUACAUGCAUAAAGAAGAAAUACCAUGUCACUCACACCUCGAUGGAUGGUGUGCUGUUGGAUGGGUAGGUUUUCAUUGUAUGUCUGGUUAUGGUCUUUCACCAAAGAACAUGUGCUAAAUCAUAUACAUUUCCAAUUUGCUCUUUGCAUUUGCUCCUAAGAGAUACAAAGUUAACAUUCUAUUCUGAUUUUGUAUUAGUUGUCAUCUUGUAAUAUGCAAAUGUGAUGUAUUUUCUAGAUUUUGAAAUUUCAUUCUCUAAAAUUUCGCUGCAGCAAGAGUUUGUAAAAUGAUGGUUUCAUGCAAUUAGCAUCUUAUAUCAUGGAGGGAAGAAAACCAUUCCUGGCCUUUUUCACGGGUGAAGACUUUCUCCCUGGCUUUUUCUCCUAAUGCAAUUCAGUGUAUCAGCUAACACUUUCAUGUAACUCAAGAGACACUAACAUACUUGUGAAUAUACUUACAGAAGCAUAAAUAUGUAUGGAAGGAUUACUGUACUAUAUUUGUCUGCUACCAUGAAACUGAGGAAAACAGGGUUUACUGAAAUGAUCUGCAGUGUGGCUGAUGAAAUAAAAUUUUAAAAAUUUACCUUCAGAGGGACUUCUUUUGAUGCUGUACCCAUAGUGGGCAAUGUAUUUUCAGUACACAAGUAUAUGGAGGUUCUACCAGUGAGUAAGCUAUUUGGAGGUGAGAUAAGAUGGAGCAGACAUAGUGAUUACACAGUGCCUUGCCCACUGUGGGGAAACACUGUGGUUAUUGUGCCUAGGAUCUUGAUAAUAAUGAAGACGAAGACAAUGGUAGUGAUGACAACAAUGACAAAUAGAAAGGUCAGAUUUUCAUUUAUCCAUCAAAGUUUUGAUUAAUAGUUUAUAAGUCCUCUUAUCUUCCAGCAGCAAACUUAACAGCCUUUAUUUAAUCAAGUGCACUUCCCAUGUCAUGGGCUAUAUGAAGGGAAGUAAUUGUGCUUGUGUGUAUGUGUUUCUAAUAAGAACGACUUUACUCAUAAUUAGCUGUAAAGCAAUCUGCUAUAAUACUGAGUGCAGUUUUUAUUUAGUAUGUGAUAUAUUUAGUCUUGAAUUGCAAUUCUAAUUCUGCCUUCUAUUAGGCAUGUGAUGCUAUACGUGUAACUUAAUCUCUUCAAGCUUCAUUUUAUUAUCUGAAAUAUAGCAAUAGGGCAUGUUUAAGAGUUAUUAAGCUUUAAGGGAAUUGAGAUAUGUUCAGGGCUCAUAGAGCGCCUGGAACAUGGUUAUGUGCAAUAAAUCAUGGUUGUUGGUAUUAUUACAUUGUUGAUACUGCUAUGUUUAUUUUAUAGAUUGUGACAAUCCUUCUCUCCAAAGUCACAUGAUAGAAGGUGCAUAUAACUUGCCAAUUUAUCUUAGAACUUUUAUGAUGUCACUGAAGAAUGUUUUGGGAUAAUUCCUUUAGAUCAAUCAAAAAUCUCAAUAUAUGGCACCUUAUUAACUUUAGGCCACCACUUUUUCUUGAAUGACAUUAUUGACACAUAUAUUCUUUAAGACACUUUUGCAAUUUUAUUUCUUAAUAUGUUAACCAAGAGACCUUAAAAUGAUUCAGUGAUUUAAUCAUAAAUAUAUAAUAUAUGCACAUAUGUGUAAAUAUGCAUACAGAUACAUGGAUACAUUUAUAAAUAUAUGCAAAAUGGAUAGACUGUACUUGAAAUAAUUUGCUAAGACAAAAAUCUGUCUGACUUCUCUCAAAAUCUCAAUUGAUCCUUUACUUGCAUGUUGUGCCCAGUAUGUAUGGACAGAGAAUGGGAAAGGUCAGAUCUUGAAAGAAUGUUUCUGCGCCCUCUUGAGUUAGUAUAACCUCUUAUCAUUAACUAGAAUUUGGGUAUCUCUCAAAAUGUGGUGCUCAGCCUAUCAUCCAUCAAAAUCACUAGGAAGCCUAAUAAAACUAUAACUGCUUAAGAUCCACCUUAUCUAGAAUUAGAGUCAGAUUCUCUGACAUUGGUGCCUAAGAAUUUGCAUUUUAAUAAACUCCCAAGGGAGUUGCAUACUUCCUUGGUUGAAUGCAUACUAAGGCUUAGGGAGCAUUGAUUUGUGUCUCAACUUCAGCCAAAGGGCCAAGGAUUGAUGUCCAGAGUUUGAAAAAGAGACGUUCUCAGUCAUAGAACACCCAGGUGUGACUCACAUGGCAUUGAGGACUGAGUUUCAGGUUAGAUGCCUCCUGGGGUUUAUAAAGCCCAGGCAAUAUUUUUGUUAACUUUGUACAAUUUGAGGUAUUGUUGGAUUCAGUUGAGCCAAAGUGGAAUGAACUCAUUCAUGAAAUCAAGGAUUUCAAAAGCACCUUUCCUGAAAAUACUCAGAAAAUGUUACACUUAGUGUGAUCCAUUUGUUUAUUCAUUCAUUUUUUAUGAACAUUUAUUGCAUAAUUUUACUGUGUUAAAAGCUAAGAAUAUGAAGAUUAAUAAUGGAGUCCAUGUCUUUAAAGAGUUCAUUGUCUACUGGGGUAGAAAAGCUUAUAUUUUUAGGAGUGUCCACUUUUCAGUAGAUACCAAAUUAGGACAUUUAAUCUUCUCAAGAAACCUAUUUUAUUAUUUUCAUUUUACAGGUUAAAAAAAGGAAAGGUUAGGUAACUUGUUCUGAUCUCACAUAUAAUAAGUGAUAAAAACCACAUCAUCUUAUCCAUUUUAUUCAUCUUAUACUGUCUCUUCAGAAAAUAGAAAAUCAACUUUUUUUUGUUUGUCUAUUUUUGAGAUGGAGUCUUGCUCUGAUACCCAGGGUGGAGUGCAGUGGCACGAUCUUGGCUCAUUGCAACCUCUACCUCCUGGGCUCAAGCGAUUCUCCUGCCUCAGCCUCCCGAGUAGCUGGGAUUACAGGUGUACACCACCAUGCCUGGCUAAUUUUUGUAUUUUUAGUAGAGAUGGGGUUUUGCCAUGUUGGCCAGGCUGGUCUGGAACUCCUGACCUCAAGUGAUCUGCUGCCUCAGCCUCCCAAAGUGCUGGGAUUACAGGUGUGAGCCACUGCGCCCAGCUUGAAAAUUGAACAUCAAACACACACAUACAUAUUUUAAAAGGGAUGUGCAUUCUAUUAGGAGCUUGAAAUAAGCUAUUAAUUGUCACUGUUCAGCAUGGUAGUUGAAACCAGCCUUCAUCCCUGAAAGUAAUUUUGUGACAUGGGUCUUGCUUAAAGGACAUCACUAUAGAUUGAAGCAUUAGGUGUUUUCCUCAUUUUACAGGCAGAGAAAAUGAGCAAUAGAUGUUAAUUUGAAAUGAUUUUUCUUUAUAAUCAUGUAAUUGUCUUAUUCAUUUAUAACUUUUAAAUCUUCUUGAUGAGUGACUUUUAUGUAAUUGGUAAGGUAAGCAAGCCCAGAUACAUAAAAAUAAAUAGUAUAUAUAACUUAAAAUAUCAACAUGUGAUGUUUGUUAUUAUGUACCUAGCAAUUGAUCAGAGACUGUACAUCACAGGUGAUUUUUAGAUCUAGAAAAAGAAGAGCAGGAGUUAAUGUGUACUCAUGAUUUUGCAUUCAAAAGCAACUCUGAAAUCAAGACAUGGUUCACAUUUUAUCAAUAUGUCUAUAUCUCAAAACUAAAUUUAGACAUGGGAAAUAAACACUGCAAUUCCAGUACAUGCUUCAGGUGUAGACUUGCCUAAUAAUUUUUCAUAAAACAUGUGUUCUGAGUCAACAGUGCUGAUAAAUGAGGGAGAAUUAUAAGGGGACAAUUAAAUACAUGAUCAGUAGAUUAGAGUUAAAGAUGGAAAAAAAUACAGGAGAAAGACUAUGGAAAAACCUAAAGAUAUGACAGAGGUGCAUAUUAUUUCAAAUAAUAUCAAAGUCUGAAAGUUAGGUACAUUUUAUAUAUAAUCCCUAAUUGUCAUGUUAUUCAAGAAAGUCAGAUAAGUAACUUAUACAAUGUCAUCAAAGUGAGAUUGAAAGCCUAAAAUCAAAUUCCGGCCAAUGGAAUUGAAAAGCCCCUACUAUUUUGGUAUUGCCCACUUAGAUUACCUGUUCAAAUAGCUUCAUUCGGCCUUCAUAAAAAGGGAGAAAAUUAUAGUGCAGAGUCAUGUUCCUAGCCUUGAAUUUAUACUUUUAAAGUGGCACAAAUGGUGUCUAUAAUUAAUUGUAAACCCACAUGAAUUAUCUGACUGUUCCUUUUUAAACAUUUAGUGUAAAAUAUUCUGAGGAGUAGUGUUGCCUCUAUAUGUUUCCAACAUACCAAUUAUUUUAUAACAGAUACAUGGGUCAAAUAUGCUCAUUAAAAAAUACUUUUUUUCUCUGUGAUGAUCAUUUGAAAGACUUGUGAUCUGAUAACUAAGGAAGCAAUUUUAUUACUGAAUAUGCUGACAAGUGCAGAAAAUUAUAAUCCUUCCAGCUCUACAUUAUAUCAAUUUCAAAAGAUUUAUUGAGGGCUAUGUUGUUGUCCAAAUUAUGUAAAGUUGACCCAUACUUUCCAAAAUAUAGUUGAAAUAAAUUCACUAAAACUAGGGGGAAAGUUCUCAAAUUAAAUUUAUAUUUUUCAGGUUAAGUCACCACAGUAACACAUCACAGGCAACUAAGUAACCUCUGCAGGGUUAUUAAAAAGAGUUGACCUAAUAUUAAAUCUCUUAUCUAUACAAUUUAAAUCAGUUUCUCUCUUUAAUUCUAACAUACUGCUUUUCCUUCUAAUGAUGGAAUUAUAAAAUAUGUAACUGACAUAUUUAGAAUAGAGAAAUUUUCUAAAUAAAUUUCUAUAACUGAUUUCAAAUCUAGGUUUCAUCAUUUCUGGUUUAUCUAAUGGGCCAAACUCAAUAGGAAAAAUAUUGUAAGCCCGUGUGAAUCAAUACUCUUGAUUUUGUUUUAUGGUUGUUUAUAUAGCACCAAUACUAACAUUAUCUUUUUCUGCCUUCUAUCAGACAAUUCUAAUAGAUACUUAUUUUAAGGGUCAAAUGAUCAUUUACUUAGUUGAAAACACGUUUAGGAAAGAGUGUGAUGUUAGGGUAACAGUAGUUUUUUCCAAAAACCAUUUACUGAGGUGCAGGUAAGUGGAAAUUUAACAAGUUUUUAGAUGUUUAAUUAAAAUUAUUUUCCCACUUUUUACAGGUCUAGCAUACUAUUUAUUUGAGCUUUUCAGAUAGUUUAUGCAUCAUAGCAAAGUGGUUAAAUUUUAUUAAUUAUUUUUCAUCUUACAUGAUAGUUCAGGAGUGAGUGCUUUUUUUUUUUCCCUGUAAAGGGGCAGGUUUUAAAUAUUUCCAGCUUUAUGAGCCUAUAGUCUCUAUCCUGACUACUCAAUUCUACCUUGUAGACAGUACGUCAACAAAUAGGUACAUCUGUGUGCCCCAAAUCUUGAUUUAUGUACACCACCAUUUGAAUUUCAUGUAAUUUCCAUGUGUCAUGAAAUAUACUUCAUUUUAGUUUUUUAACUAUUUAAAAAUAUAAAAACAAAUUCUUACUCAGGGACAGCACAAAAACAGGCAGUGGGCUGUAUUUGGCCAGUGGGUUGUAGUUUGCCAACCCCUAUCCAUUAUCUUGAAGAUAUAUGUAAAAAAGCCGUGGUGUUUACGUGCUUACUUUUUCCUGUAUGUUUUUAUAAUUCAAAAAUCAACCUCUUUUCCCGCUACAUGGGAGAAGAAGAACAUUUUCAAUGAGAGCAAUAACACCCCUGGCCGACCUCAUGACUCCUAAAGACAGGACGAGCACAGUUGCAGGUGACUCGCGGCCUCCCAUAAUUUCUGAAGUUGUCUCCCCUUCUUGAGUCACACACAGUGGGUUUCAUGCCUUCUCUUCCUUGUUCCCUCACCAAUGCUAUCCAUGGUCUCCUGGAGAAACUUCCCUUAAAGGGAAAAUCCAGAGAACUUUGAGAACUCCAGCUUCCUUUUCAGCCAGGUUAAACUUACACUCCUUAUGCAGGAAAUGACAAUUUCUCACACAACCGGCAAUGCAGGUUGGAGAGGUUGGCCCAGAGACAGCAACACAGGACUGACAAUGUUGCCCCAGAUCAUCUGAAAAUUAGUAUUGAUUGAUUGCUGUGCCUAUUGUUCAAGAAAUUAAAUUUUACUCUCACAACAAGUCUCAAGACUCCUAGAUGAAAUUAAUUCCAAGGUUAACAAGGCGCUUGCUUGGCAUCGUGCUCUGUCUCCUAGGCCUUUGAUAAAUUAUUGUUUUUCACAUGCUAACUAAUGAGGCACAAAAAUCAAAAUCAAUAGAGAUAUGCAUGCUUGUAUCAGUUUUAUUUUGGUAUCAUUUUCAAUAAUGAAAUACUCCAAGUGCUUAUUUCAGAGUAUUUUCUUUUCUCUUUAUGAUUUAUCUACUUUGGAAAAUUGAAUAUUAUGGAGAUUUAUUAUGGCACUGCAUUGCUAUUCCUUUGUUCUUUGGAGAAAAUAUACUCUUAAUCUCAGGAAGUAAUUAAUUUUAUUUUCUAGAGAAAGUAAUUAUCGAAGUGAACUAAAGGUUCUUUCUCAUUUGUGUCACUCCUUAUGCAUUGAAGGAUCAUUAGAUGAGAUUGUUACAAUAUAUGGGGAUUUCUCCAUUUAUAUGCUUUAGCUCUCUGCCUCCUACAACCACAUAAAGUGUGACGUGUGUAGCAAUAUGUAUUUUAUAUAUAUAUAUACACACACACAGUACAAUAUCCAUAAAAUGUAUAUGUGAAGCAUAUAUAAAUUUAUAUACUAUGUAUGUAUGAAUUAUGUACCAAUAUUCAUUCAAUAUACAGUAUUUAGGAAAUUCAGAGAUAUUCAUGACUUUUCAAUGUCACACAAUGAUCAGGAUCCCAAUCAAGUCAUUUAGCUCUUUCCAUGAUACCAUGUUGCUUCCUUGUAAAGAAUGAAAGAUACAGUUAAAAUUAAGAUUUGAAAAGAAUAUAGUCUCUUCACUUGAUCUUUAAACAUACACACACACACACAAACACACAUAUACAUAUAUUUACACAUAUAUGUGUGUGUACAUAUAUAUUUCUAAUUUUAAAGUAGUGUUUUUAAUUUACAGACGAGUUCCAAAGAGUGUACAGUGGGUUCCCACAUAUUCCACACCCAUUGUUUCUCCCAUUGUUAAUAUCUUACAUUACCAUGGUUCAUGUGUCAUGACUAAUGAAUCAAUAUUGAUACAUCAUUAUCAGCUUAAAUCCAUACUGUAUUCCAGUGCCCUUAGUUUUUAAUCCAAUGUUCUUUUCCUGCUCCAGAGUCCCUUUCAGGAUAGCAUGUAAAUUAAUUACACUUAGUCAUUGGGUUUCCUUACCCUUCUCUAGGAUGUGACAGUUUCUCAGACUUUCCUUAUUUUGGAUGACCGUUGGAGCUUUGAGGAGUACUGGUAUGGUAUUUUGUAAACUGUCUCUCAAUUUGGGUUUCUCUAGUGGUUUCUCAUGAUUAGAGUGGAGUUAUGGGUUUUGAGGAGGAAGAUGGCAGAGGUAAAAGUGCCUCUGGUCUCAUCACAUUUUACCAAGGAUACAUACUGCCAGUGUAAUUUACUACAGUCGAUCGCCUGUUGGGGGUGAUGUUUGCCAGGUUUCUUGUCCGUUUGGGGUGCCAGAACAGAAUACUAUACACUGGGUAGCUUAUAAACAACAAAAAGUUAUUUUUCACCGUUCUGGAAACUGAGAAGUCCAAGAGCGGGGUGACAGCAUGGUUAUGAUCUGGUAAAGACACUCUUCCUGGUUGCAGACUGUUGACUACUUGCUGUGUCGGCAGCCUGGCUGAAGGGGUGGAAGAGCUCUCUUGGGAUUAUUUUAUAAGAGUACUAGUCCCAUGCACCUCUCAAUCACCUUGAGGAGGUCCCACCUCUUAGUACCAUCACCUUGGAGGUUAGGAUCCCAACAUAAGAAUUUUAAGGGGGCACAAACGUUCAGACCAUAACACCAGGUUCCUCCAAUGUAUAGUUACUUCCCUCCUAGCUUUCCACACUGUACUUUUUAGGAAGAAGUCACUGUGUGUAGCCCACAUAAGAGGGGUGGAGAUUGAAAUUUCACCUCCUAGACAGGAAGCUUCACUUGAUUUUAUUUCCAUGAACUUAUUAUCCAAGGAUGUUGCUUCUGCUGAAUCAUGCUGGUAUAAAAAUCUUGUCCUAGAUGUGUGUGUUCAUAUGAAUUGAACAACUGUCCUACAGUUAACUUUUGAUGUGUACUUACCUACUUACGUAUACAUUUUUUCUUUUCUUCAUGGGAUAAACAGUAUAAUAAAUGCCUUUGGAUUAAAGAUAAGAAAUAAGGCCAUUGAAUUAAAUAACUAAACUAGAAGAGUUUAUUUACUGGGCUUGGCUUCAAAUUCGUUUUAAUAGUCAAUUCCCAGAGUUCUUUCAAUUCCAGGGAGAGGUGGAAUGGGAUUUUACACAUCUUUUUUUUUCUUUUAAGAAUAUGAAGAAUUUUGUGAUAAAAGAAAAGAAAAUAGAAAAGCGAUGCAAUUUUUUUAUGGGUAGUAUUUUUAACAUACUUCACAUACUUGCUAAACAUGCUAUUUAUUAUACCCAAAACAAUGAAUGAAAGCAUGACAUCUUACUAUCAACAAAAAAUAAUAUUUAGAUAUAUUUUUGGGGGAUUCAAUGAUGGAAAUGGCCAGAGUAGCAACAUUGGAGUUCGAUUUUGAGAAUUAAAAUGACUAUGCACCCAAACAUGUGCUAUUUAAAAAUAAAUGUGGGAAGCAGAUAUAUCUUCCCACAAUAUAAUUAUAUUCUAUGUUUAUUUAUCACAUCUUAACAGAAAUAUUUUGGGGGAGAUUAAAUGGAAACAAAUUGAUAGCAGAUAUAAAAUAAGAAGAUUAUAUACUAGAAUCUAUAUAUUUGUUGAGAUAUUUUCAAAUAUAUAUUUAUAUUUUGAAUGGACAAUCUUCCAGCAACCUGAGUUUGAAUUAUCGUCUGAUACCUAGCCAUCUUUCAUGUAUUGGGCAAUGCUUUUUUCAUGGAAGUUUAUAUAUUGGGCAACAUUUUCUUACUCACUACACAUGUCUCCAAAACAUGAGUUAAAUAUUAUGGAGUAAGUCUGAAAAAAAAAGUUAUUUUCUUUUUCUAGCAAUUCAGACCAUUCUAUCAAUCAAGUGGACAUAUAACUAUUUAAUGCAAAAUAAAAAUCUAAAGAAUAAAAUUCCAAGCUUUAUAAUUUUUAUUCUUAUUCCUCUAUUCUUUAGAGUUUAAGAAAUAUAUUCUUAAUAAAUUUACACACCUCUAUAGCAUUUCUGCUUGACACAAAAUACAUAUUUUAUGGAUAAUACAGUACACUGUAUAUACAUAUAUGAAAUGUUAUGCAACUGUGAAAUAUAUAGGUGACCCUGUUGUCAAGGGAAUCCAGAAAAAUUAUUUUUCAAUUGCACAUACCAAUUUAUGCCAAAAUAUAUUAAAGGGAAUUAAGUAACACAUGACUUAAUGUUUGUGUAGACAAGUAAAUAAAAUAAAAUCAUAGAAGUGAUGCUGUAAGAAAUAUUGGGACUUAAAGAAGUUUGGAGGUUUUGCAAUGAUGUUGAAAUGUAUAGAACCCAUAGUAUUUUACUAAGAAGAUUAUCUGGAUUUUAUUUUUUUUUUUUGAGAGACAACAAAAACUGUUCUAUGAUGUUGGCUUCUAUUUAACUCAUAAAACUUCUAUUGAAAGCCUAGGACUCUGUUCUACAUGUUGGGACCACCAAGAUGAGUGAGAUUUGAAGCCUGUCCUCUGGGAAUUCUGUGUUAUAAAUUUCAUUAUGACAGUUUGUAGUUACUCAAUAAAUUUUUCUUGCAUUUUCACCAAAAUAGACUUACUGCAUUUUUAUUGCACAGAUUAUCAUGUUAUGAAAUAUUGUAAGUCUUUUGAAAAAUUUCUGAGCCACUUUGACAGUCUCCUGUUGGAACACAAACUUAUUCAUUAGAUUAACUCAACAAACACCUAAAAUUUUAUUUAAAAAGUGAAUGCUCAUGUCUACAGUCCUGAGCUAGGAAUUAGAGGACGCCAAAAGGCAUAAAAUACAGCCCAUUUUUUCAAGGAACUCUCUAUCAAAUUAGGUACAAGCAAGAUAUUUAUCUGAGAGUAUCAUCUUCUGGGCUCCAAGUCCAAGCUAGUAACUUUCAUUUAAUUAUUUCAUAAGCAGUUUUUAUUCACUCAUAAAGCCACAAAUUUAGUUGUACUUUUGAGUAGCAUCUGGAAACAGUAAUACGUACAACAAUAACUAUUAUUAUAAUUUAUAAGUAAAAUUCAGGUAAUGGAGCAUAAUAUAAUUAGAAAGAAUAUCAACUCUGGAGUCAGACAGACCUGAGUUUGAUAUAGGUCUGUAUCAUUUAUUAGCUGUGACCAUGACCUAGUUUCUUAAACUUGCUGAGACUUAGUUUUGUAAUUGCAGCAGGUAGAUAAAUUCUUUCAGUGUGGCUUGGAGGAUUUAAUAUAAAACAGAGCUCUUUGAACAUGCCUGGCAGAGCAUAGGUAUGGAAAACUACUAGGUAUUCAUCAGUGUUAGAAUAAUAAGACUUGGGCAAUGGUUUACUGUUUUUAAAAUGAAUUGACCUUCAUUAUCCUAUUUAAACCUCACACCAAAUUUAUCAAUUCACUCAUUCAGAUAAAGAAGCCAGGAAUCCCAGUGACCAAUGGAAAUUUGACACAUCAGGAUUUAAAUCCAUGUUUUCUAGGUCUAGGACCUGCCCUUUCCCUAAAUGAUUAGGAAUUGUGAGAAUUUGAUUUAGCUUUGUUCACACCAAAACCUACCUGCCUGGUUUUGGACUAGAUAUAUAACUUCCUCAUCUAUGCAUAGGGUGUUGUACUAAUCCAUGUUCACAGUUCUUUCUAGUUCUGUGUAUACAUACAUUGAGAGGCAGCAUAGUGUAGUUGUUAAAAGCAUGGGUGUUGGGCAUAAACUCUUGGGUUCAAAUCUUGACUCUGCCAUUUGUUGGCUCUGUAACUUUGGGAGAGUUACCAGAUCACUUUAACUCUCAUUUUAUUCAUCACUAUGGGUUAAUAAAUAGUACAACUUCAGGGCAUUUUGAUAAGGAAUAAAUGAAUUAAACUAUGCAAAGUACUUAGAAUGAAAUCUGCUAUAGAGUAAGCAUUAUGUAAGUAUUUGCUCUAAUUAUCACCCUAAAAUUGUAACAGCAAGUUCAAUGACUUCAAGUGCACUAUUUUAAUGCUUCAAGUCAUACAGUAGAUUUGUUUAAACAAUUAUGUGGAAGCUUCCACAACCUAGCUGAGCUCAUGGGCCCAAUUUUAUUGCCACCCUUGUGUGACAGAUGCAACAUGCUAGCUCUGUUCCAAAGAACAGUUACUGGUAGACAUGGUGCCACAUAUACCUGGAAGCAGUGGUUACUUGUCCAGUAAUAUGUACAUAUGUGUAUGUAUGUAUCAAUAUAUAGUCCACACCGAGCUUUCUUCUGGUAACCAAACUGACCUCAUGAAUCCAUUUUUCUAAAUUUUUGAAGUUGAUUAGAAUCCUUGUCAGUCUGACUACAGGGACCAAUGGUUCUAAUGUAGACAUUUGCCGAAGCAUCAAAAACUAUAGCAAAAACUUCUUAGCAGAAGAAAUAUUUAAGCAUUUACAUUCUAAGCAUAUGGUGUGCACUUAAAAUCAUUUUGAUGAGAUGGAUUAUUUAAAAUAUUCUACUACAUUCUGUUUAUAAAUAAACCUGUUUAAAAAUUAUUUCAAGAAUAAAAAACAUUCAUUAAAAUCUUUAAAACAUAUCACAUUAAUAUUAGACCUCACUGAAAAGUAAUUCCAAUAAUUGAAUUUAAAAAUAUGGGCACAAAUAAGACAAUGGAGCCAACAUAAAGUUACAGGUAAAUAUUUGGAAAAUUGCUUAAAAGUGUAAAAGAUUUAAUUUUCAUAUCAUGAACUUUCAGAACAUAUUGAAAAAUAUUCAUGCCCAAAUUGUUGUUAAAUAUCGCGAUGUUUACUAAUUUAAGUACAAAGUUUGUUUAUAGUUUCCAUUCUUUUAUUUUUGUUUUGUAAGAAUUAUUUCUUAAUUUAUCUUCAGAGUUUUUGGACUGGGCAUAGUAGCUCACAUCUGUAAUCCCAGCACUUUGGGAGGCUGAGGCGGGAGGAUUGCUUGAACCCAUGAGUUUGAGACCACACUGGGCAAUAUAGAGAGACCUCAUCUCUACCAAAAUUUUUUUUAAAAAAUUAGCUGGGCAUGGUGGUAUAUGCUUGUAGUCCCAACUACUGGGGAGACUGAGGUGGGAGGAUCACUUGAGCCCAGGAGGUUGAGGCUGCUGUGAGCUGUGAUUGCAUCAUCAUAUUCUUAGCCUGGGUGAGGGUGAGACCUUGUCUAAAACAAGACAAAACAAAAAAGAAUUUUAGAAGAGAUACAGAAACAGCUGACAUUGUUCUAAGAAACUACUAGCACAGUGCAAAAGAAAUAUGCUUUCAUUCCAUUUUUUUCUUCUGUAUUCACUCUUUCUUUUUUGCUAGGUGGCAUGCAUGCAGUGGUUUCAUGGAGACCAUACAAUGCUUGAGAUGAUUGAGAAAAAGCGUUGCUUGUGCAAGGAAAUAAAGGCUAG